AUGGGUUUUGGAAAAGACAUGAAGGGAAAAUCUUCCCAUGAAGCUAUUGUGCGUGUACAGGAUGCUGAGCUUCGCCUCUUAGACACAGUGCAACAUUUUAUCUCUAUGCGAGUUGACAAUGACAGAAAGUAUGCUGCAGGCCUGGAGAAGAUGCUGCGUAUGACAAUGAAAUCAGACAAUUCAGAGUUCAAGGAUUGCUGUGCUGUUUUUAAGGCUUGGGAUGUGAUUUUACAAGAGACUGAUAAUCUAGUGAAAUUGUUAAAGGCCAAUGCCGACCAUCUUCAGAAUAUCACUUUGGAAAUCCUCACUGAUUUGAUCAGUGACAAGAAACUGGCAAGGAAAAGAUACCUUGAUGACAGAAAUAGAUUGGAUUCAGAUUUUCUCAAGAUCCAAGAUGAAAUGGUGAAGAACCGAAUAGAGUAUGCUAAGUGUGUGGAACGUUUGAAUACCGACAAGGCCAAAUUUCAGGAUUUGCAGUCAAAAGGUAAAUCUGGACCUAAACUUGAUGAAGCUAAAUCAAAAUUCUUCCGCUCUGCUGUGCGACUGCAUAAACUUCACAAUGACUACAUCAUAUCGGUGAACAAUGCUCAAGAACACCAGCUGAUGUUGAGGGACACAGCCCUGCCGGCAGUACUCGACUGUCACCAGGACGGGCAGGAAACCUUUGUACAUAAAAUGAAAUUUGUUUUAGAAAGCUACUUGAAAAACACUGAUACCUGCAGUGCAGAAUUCCAGUCAAUAACCAAGCAUAUAGGAGAUGCAAUCAAUGCUAUACGUCCAGGAGAAGAAUACUCUGGGACAUUUAUUGAUUUAUACAAGUCCACUUUACCACCACCAGCAGAUUUCACCUUUGAUGAGACAUUGCUGGAAUCAUAUUCUGGGUCUCUGAAGGCAAAUGUGAUAGAAGUCAAUGAUCUGACAGUUGAACUCCUGCACCAAAGAUAUACCAAACUGACGGAAGAAAUUGAGGAGACCAAGGAGAAGAUAUCCAGGGUGAACACUGACCAGCAGAAAAUUUGUAAUGAAGUCAAGAAGCUGUCAGCCAGGAUAAGAGAUAGUCCCAGUAUUGACAAUGUCAACAAUUAUCUUCAGAAACGAUCACAUUCAGAAAAUUACACCCGGGAAAUACUGGAGUUGGAAGGCAAUUUGAAAAAAUUGGAAAAGCUUGCAGCUCUCAUUCGGCAGCCAUUAGAUAAACUAGGUUCAAAUCCUGUGCCUAUUGCUUUAGAUACCCAUGAUGUGGGAGAUGCAUCUGCAGCAGCAUCAUCAUCUUCAGGAGCCGUGAAGGAUACUGUUUUUAUAAAGUCAUUGACAAAGAUGAACCCAUUCAAGAAAGCCAUGAAAUCCAGCAAUAGUCAGUCAACGCUGAAUGCUGAAGAUGAAGCUGACAGACACAGCAGCUUCAGCAAUGAGGACAGCAGCACUGAUGUAGAAGUCAGGAAGAAAGCUCAGCGUUAUGAGAAGUAUGUG